AUGGUCCUCGGGGCCCUUCUCGUUCUCCCCUCCCUCCUCUUCUCGGUGGUCCCUGCUGCACUGCCCCACCCACCAUCUGACCAUCCAGAGGAUGGGAAGAUCAGUCGUGACACUAACGAUGCAUUUUAUGAUGGUGAAAGGAUCCGGAUGAUCAUGGUAGACUGUAAUGCAACAUACCAAGAACUUGUGCAAUUGAAGAUGGAGGGAUCUCUAUCUGAUGUAGCUCCAAUGGUCGAUGAAGCUAGGUAUGAGUAUAGAGGCAUCCCUAUAUGCACCAUUGGUGGACUAGCAGCAUCCGUAACUGAUAAUUCUGAGUACAUGGAUGAUGAUACAGAGUCUGAUGGCAGUGAUAGUGAGGAGUCUAGUGCAGAAGAGGAUAUCUCACCACAUGAGGCACUUUUUAUUUCUGAAUUCAGACUAGUUGAUGCAUCCGACGAUAAUGAGGCCGUAUCCUAUGGAGCAUUGCCAGAACAUCCAUUCUUUGGUGGGAAUAAAGAGUUAAGAAAAGAAAUGUGGUUCAGUGUUAGAUGUGCAAUUACAGCAUGGAGAAGGAAGGCCGGUAGGAUAUUCACAAAUAAGAUUAGACGAAAGUUAAAUAAACGCCAACUGAAAUCUAAAGAGCAUUGUGUGGUUAAGUAUAACAACCAAUCAGGUAUAUCAAUGUUGGGCAUCAUUUCGAUUGGGAGUUUUCUUAUUCUUCUGCAAUUUGUUCCUGGAACUCUAUCUUGGGGAAAGGAAGGGCACUAUGGGACCAGUAAAAUAGCAGAGGGCCUCUUAACUGAAGAAGCUAUGGCAGCUGUGAAGAUGUUGCUUCCAGAGUAUGCUAAUGGUGAUCUGGCUGCUGUUUGCUCCUGGGCUGAUGAGAUCCGCCACAGCUUCAGAUGGCACUGGACUAGUCCUUUGCACUCCAUUGAUACACCAGACUUCAAGUGCAACUACAACUAUUGCCGAGACUGCCAUGAUUUUGCCAGAAGGAAAGAUCGAUGUGUUGCUGGAGAAAGCUACAACUAUUCUGCACAGCUAUCAGCAUAUCAGUAUCCUCAUUCAGAACAUCGAUAUAAUUUAACAGAGGCUCUCUUGUUCUUGUCACAUUUCAUGGGAGACAUUCAUCAGCUGCUGCAUGUUCGUUUCGCAGGAGAUGAAGGUGGGAACACGGUAAUGGUUCAUUGGUACAGGCGAAAGACCAAUUUGCACCAUGAAUGGGAUGACAUGAGCAUGAAAUCUGCCCUGAAGAAGUUUUUUUUCCGAUCUGAGGUGGGUUCAAAUGGCCAAGAAGCUACAGAGGUCCCAUCAAGAGUUGGAUUCCGAUAUAACCUGGGUUUUAAGGCUUUAAAAGUCCUGUUCACAGAACAGAUGUACCCUGGCCAGACAUCCCAACAGUUUUACAACUCGGAUCUUAAAAUGUUGGUACAAAGCCUCCAAACAAUUAUUCUGAAAGACUGGUCAACUUAUAUUCCAUCAUGGGAACACUACUGUGGAUCAAACAAGAUUGCUUGUCCAAAUUUGUAUGCUUCAGAGGGCUGCAUUCGCUUAGCGUGCAAAUUUGCAUACAGGAAUGCGACACCAGGAAGCACUCUAGCAGAUGAAUACUUCCUCACACGCCUGCCAAUUGUCGAGGAGAGACUGGCUCAAGGUGGAUUCCGGCUGGCGGCAACCCUCAACCGCAUCUUCCUUCCCCACCAUCCCUUUCAUCUCAAAAGCAUGAGCAGAUGA